UUAUUCAACCAAGACAUAUAUAGAGUUGAGAGUGGCCAGUUUCACCAUGACCCCUGGAUUUGCCACUUUUCCUGUCUCGAGGUUGUUCUCACAUAUCAUCUGCUUCAAUUCAGGAACAAGAGGGGAAAGGGUUUAAAAGCAAAUACUGAAAUGAAAGAGAAUUCACUAGGAGUUCAUCAGACUACAAUAGAAUAGCCGAGUAGUUCUGACAGGUGCCUGGCAUCGGAAGGAGCAAAUAGUUUCUCACCAUGCUACAAAAUCUCAUACUUCUUCUUCUUGGAUUGGUUAUACACAAUUUCUGCUCCCCGCCUGAAACUACAGACCAGGCAAAAAGAUGUGAUAAGAAAUCUCUGCUUACAAUUAGGACUGAGUGCCAAUCCUGUUCACUCAACUUGGGAAUUAAGUGCCCAGAUGGUUACACCAAGGUUACCAAUGGCUCCGUGGGGGUUCGAGAUUGCAGGUACAUAUUUGAGAUCAGGAAGUACUCGCUGUCUCUCCCUGGAUGCCGCCAUAUCUGUAGGAAGGACUAUGUCCAACCUCAGUGCUGUCCAGGUCACUGGGGCCCAGACUGCAUGGGACGGGUUUGGGGGAACAGCUUGCGAAACCUGUGCUGACAACUUGUUCGGGCCCAGCUGCUCAGCAGUGUGCAGCUGUGUGCACGGAGUGUGCAACAGUGGGAUAGACGGCGAUGGAACCUGUGAGUGCUACUCUGCGUACACCGGCCCCAGCUGUGACAAGCCCAUCCCUGAAUGUGCAGCCUUGCUCUGCCCCGAAAAUUCCAGAUGCUCACCUUCCAGCCAAGAUGAAACGAAACUGGAAUGCAAAUGCCUUCCCAAUUACCAAGGCGAUGGCCACUACUGCGAGCCCAUCAACCCAUGUUUACAAGCAAUCUGUCAUCCUCAUGCUCAUUGCACGUACCUGGGACCGAAUCAGCACAGUUGCACAUGCCAAGAAGGCUACCACGGGGAUGGCCAAGUAUGCUUACCAGUAGACCCCUGCCAGACUCACUACGGAAAUUGCCCUACAGAGUCUACAGUGUGCAUAUAUGAUGGGCCCGGACAGUCUCACUGUGAGUGUAAAGAACAUUACCGCAAUUACGUCCCUGGAGUGGGGUGCAGCAUGAUCGAUGUCUGUGAGUCUCGCAACCCCUGUCAUAGGAACGCUAACUGCACUACCAUCACACCAGGCCAACCCAAAUGCACUUGCCAGAAAGGUUACGUGGGUGAUGGCUCAACAUGUUAUGGAAACAUCAUGGAGCGACUCAGAGAAUUAAACAGUGAACCCAGAGGAAAAUGGCAAGGAAGGCUGACCUCCUUCAUCUGGCUCCUGGACAAAGCCUAUGCCUGGCCACUAAGUAACCUGGGACCAUUCACUGUGCUCUUGCCCACAGACAAGGGACUGAAAGGAUUCGAUGUAAGUAUUUAAAAUAAAGUGGGAAAUCCCCAUUAAAAUUAAAUCUGAUGAUAAGGAUGCUGAUUUGGGGGGGAAGGGGUAAACUUUUAGUGAAAUAUAACACCCCUACAGAAAGCAUACAGAUUGUAAGUGCACAACUCAAUGCAUCGUCACAAAGUAAAUGUACUUGUGUAUCCAGCAAGACUAUUACCAGCUCCCUAGAGGGCCCACCAAUGCCCCCUUCCAAUCAUGACCCGUUCAAGGGUAAUGACUGAGGGGAUCGUAAGUGUAGUCAUUUGAUAAAUAGGAUUUGCAUAAUGCAAACUGCUUACUUCCUGUGAGAAGAAUUAACCUAAUGUAUUAACUACAUAUUUGUUUCUUUAAA